CGGGGUCCGGACCGCGCGUACUGCGGGAGGUGGGAUUCUCUUCGCUUUGGCGGUGGUAUCAGCGACCGCUGCAGCUGUCGCAGCAGGUUUGUACGAGGUCAGUCAUUGGCACCAUGAACUGGAAUAAAGGUGGUCCCGGCACGAAGAGGGGCUUUGGCUUUGGCGGUUUUGCCAUUAGUGCUGGGAAGAAGGAGGAGCCCAAGCUCCCUCAGCAGUCCCACAGCGCCUUUGGGGCCACCGGCUCUACUUCAGGGUUUGGAAAGUCUACUCUGCCACAGCUCCCUUCUUUCUACAAAAUCGGAUCGAAGCGGGCCAACUUUGAUGAAGAAAAUGCCUAUUUUGAAGACGAGGAAGAAGACUCUAGCAACGUUGAGUUGCCUUAUAUUCCCGCUGAAAACUCACCCACCCGCCAGCAGUUCCAUUCCAAGCCUGCAGAUUCCGACAGUGAUGAUGACCCCUUGGAGGCUUUCAUGGCUGAAGUGGAGGAUCAGGCAGCUAGGGACAUGAAGAGGCUUGAAGACAAGGACAAGGAAAGAAAAAACGUAAAGGGUAUUCGAGAUGACAUUGAAGAGGAAGAUGACCAAGAAGCUUAUUUUCGAUACAUGGCAGAAAACCCAACUGCUGGUGUGGUUCAGGAGGAGGAGGAAGACAAUCUGGAGUAUGAUAGUGAUGGAAAUCCGAUUGCACCUUCUAAAAAAGUCAUCGAUCCUCUUCCUCCCAUUGAGCAUUCAGAGAUUGACUAUCCACCAUUUGAAAAAAAUUUUUACAAUGAGCAUGAAGAGAUAACCAACCUCACCCCACAGCAGUUAAUCGAUCUUCGACAUAAGCUCAAUCUUCGGGUCUCUGGUGCUGCACCUCCUAGACCAGGAAGUAGUUUUGCACAUUUUGGGUUCGAUGAACAACUUAUGCACCAGAUCCGGAAAUCAGAGUACACCCAGCCCACUCCAAUCCAGUGUCAGGGUGUGCCUGUGGCAUUAAGUGGUAGAGACAUGAUUGGUAUUGCCAAGACGGGCAGUGGGAAGACUGCAGCCUUUAUUUGGCCUAUGUUGAUUCAUAUAAUGGACCAGAAGGAAUUGGAACCGGGGGAUGGACCUAUUGCGGUGAUUGUGUGUCCUACAAGGGAGCUUUGCCAGCAGAUCCAUGCAGAAUGUAAGCGGUUUGGGAAAGCCUAUAACCUUCGAUCAGUGGCUGUAUAUGGAGGAGGCAGCAUGUGGGAACAGGCCAAGGCCCUUCAGGAAGGGGCAGAGAUUGUCGUGUGCACUCCAGGCCGACUGAUUGAUCAUGUGAAGAAGAAAGCCACCAACCUUCAAAGAGUCUCUUACCUUGUGUUUGAUGAAGCAGAUCGAAUGUUUGACAUGGGUUUUGAGUACCAGGUGCGAUCCAUAGCAAGUCAUGUUCGUCCUGACAGACAGACUCUCUUAUUUAGUGCAACUUUCCGGAAGAAGAUUGAAAAACUGGCCAGAGACAUUCUGAUCGACCCAAUUCGGGUGGUGCAGGGAGACAUUGGAGAGGCAAACGAAGACGUGACCCAGCUUGUUGAGAUCCUCCAUUCAGGGCCUAGUAAAUGGAACUGGCUUACCCGGCGUCUGGUGGAGUUCACCUCAUCAGGAAGUGUCCUCCUAUUUGUUACCAAAAAAGCCAAUGCUGAAGAGCUAGCCAAUAACUUGAAGCAGGAAGGUCAUAAUCUUGGGCUGCUUCAUGGGGACAUGGAUCAGAGUGAAAGAAACAAAGUCAUUUCAGACUUUAAGAAAAAAGAUAUCCCAGUCCUGGUGGCCACAGAUGUUGCAGCCCGUGGUUUGGAUAUUCCUUCUAUUAAGACUGUCAUCAACUAUGAUGUGGCACGAGACAUCGAUACCCAUACUCACAGGAUUGGCCGCACAGGUCGAGCUGGUGAGAAGGGUGUGGCCUACACCUUGCUGACCCCGAAGGACAGCAAUUUUGCUGGUGACCUUGUCCGGAACUUGGAAGGAGCCAACCAGCAUGUUUCCAAGGAACUCCUAGAUCUGGCGAUGCAGAAUGCCUGGUUUCGGAAAUCCCGCUUCAAAGGAGGAAAAGGCAAAAAGCUGAACAUUGGUGGCGGAGGCCUAGGUUACCGGGAGCGGCCUGGCCUGGGUUCAGAAAGCACGGACCGUGGAAGUAACAACAAUGUAAUGAGCAAUUACGAGGCCUACAAACCCUCCACGGGAGCCAUGGGAGACCGACUGACAGCCAUGAAAGCCGCUUUCCAGUCACAGUACAAGAGCCACUUUGUUGCUGCUAGUCUGACCAAUCAGAAGGCUGGAAGCUCUGCUGCGGGGGCAAGUGGAUGGACUAGUGCAGGGAGUUUGAAUUCUGUUCCAACCAACUCAUCCCAGCAGAGCCACAGCAGCCCCGACAGCCCCCUUGCCAAUGCUGCCAAGAGCCUCCCAGGCUUUGGCAAUGCUGGGAACAUCAGCAGUGCCCCAGUAACUUACCCUUCUCCUGGAGCCCAGGGCGUCAACACAGCUUCGGGGACUAACAGCCGCGAAGGGAUGGGGGGUGGCAACGGGAAGAGAGAGAGAUACACUGAGAACCGGGGGGGCAGCCGCCACAGUCAUGGAGAGAGUGGUAAUCGGCACGGCGACAGCCCACGGCAUGGAGAUGGUGGCCGCCAUGGUGAGGGGUAUCGCUACCCAGAAAGUGGUAGCCGUCACUCGGAGGGCCAUCGGCAUGGAGAGAGCAGGCACGGAGGGAGCGGAGGCCGGCAUGGUGAGAGCCGGGGUGCCAGUGAUGGCCGGAAUGGAGAGAGCAGGAAGGAAGGCUGUAACCGCGAGAACAAGAUGGACCCCAAGGUGGACAGCGGCAAGAUGGACAAGACAGACAGCAAGACAGACAAGACAGCUGAUGGUUUUGCUGUCCCUGAGCCACCUAAACGUAAGAAGAGCCGAUGGGACAGCUAGAGGGUAUGCGUGGAAACACAGAAGUCAUUCUUUAACUUUAUUUUUAGAAAGGUUUUGGUAACUAGCUGUCUCAGGGCUAGAGCGGAGCAGAGCCCAGGGCAGGGGAUUCCUUGCUAAUUGGAGCCGGAGCUUGGAGGCCAAACCCUUUGUCUAAAUCCUUUUUGCCCUUUCAUCUCCUUGAGAAGCUGUUGGCCCUUGGAGGCUGGAGAAGCCAGGAAGCUCCUGGUUCUGGUGCAUUAUCACGAGAGUCUAUUCAGGACACUUUGGGAAGGAAAGGGCCUCACAGGCACGAAAUUCAUUCAAGGUUUAUAUUACAUGUAGCUUCUAUUUUCUACUUAAAAUGUCACCUUGUAAGCACCUACAGGUAAAAUUAUUUUAAGAGUUGGCUUCCAAAGUGUGGGGAAGGGAUGAGGUGAGAUGCAGACCUUGCAGGGAAGAGAGAUGUCUGCUUCUAAGUGGGGCUGGUGCUCUAGUUCCCUGGCCAUGAGCCCUGAGACUUGUGGGCGACAGCAGCUGUCCAGAGGGAGGCUUUGGCUCUGAAGCCUGAUGGAAGGGAGGGAGGUGGGCAUCCAGCAAGGCUCUGGUCUGAGCAGCUACAAACAACCGUUUUAAAGACAAUAAAGAAUCUCCUUUUGUUUGUUUUUUUUACUUGCCACGGUAGAACAACCUUUUGCUGAAAUGAUUUCAAUGAUUUUUUUGUUUAUAUGAGGAAAAGAAAUAUACAAAAUUCCAAUUUUGUGACUUUGUGGUUUCUUUUAAGAUGUGCAUUCCUUUCUGCUUGCUCUAGUAAAUGUUUUACUACUGAGA